UUGCUCACAGGGCAUGCUGCACUGGAAGAGCGACAAGUGGUUCGGCAUCCAGCGUCUCCAGGGAGUGAAUCCGGUGCUGAUCAAACUCUGCACCAAAAUACCCGACAAUCUAAACGUGGACGACACCAUGCUGCGGCCGUUCCUUGAGACACUCACCAUCGAGGAGGCCAUUCAGAGCCAGAAGCUUUUCCUGGUCGACCUCGGUAUUGUAGAAGGCGUACCGCCGGCCCCAGGAACUCAGCUGUGCGCGCCGAUGGGGCUCUUUUACCUGAACAAGAACAGCGAGCUGCUGCCGGUGGCUAUCCAGCUGUUCCAGCAUAAAGGCGGCGACAACCUGGUGUUCCUGCCGAGCGACCCGCCGAACUUGUGGCUGCUGGCCAAGAUGUUCUUCAAUAACGCCGAGGUGCAGCACCACGAGUCGCUGACGCACCUGGGCUUCACGCACUUGAUGAUGGAGGGCGUGGUCAUCUGCUCGCACCGCCACCUCUCCGUGUCGCACCCACUCUUCAGGCUGAUGGCGCCACACUUUUUGUUCCUCAUUUCCAUCAACGUGGUGGCGCUGCAGGACCUGAUCGCUCCUGGAAAGUGGGUAGAUCGCGUGAUGACGGUGCGCGCUUCUGGCCUGCAGGAGAUCGUCAAACGAGGUCUGCAGGACUGGAGGCUGGACAGGGACGGCGUCAUACCGCGUCAGGUAGCGGCCAGAGGCGUGGCCGACCCCUCGGUGCUGCCCUACUAUCCGUAUCGGGACGACGCCUGCGCUCUCUACUCUAUCAUCGAGCGCUACGUGCGGGCUGUGCUGGAGGCUGCCUACAGCCAGCCCGGAAGCCUGCAGGCUGACCACGAGCUGCAGCAGUGGCGCAAAGAGCUGACGAUGGCGCGCCAGCACGGCGGCGUGGGCAUGUGUGGAGUCGCCGGCGACAGCGAGCAAGGGUUCACCAGCGUCGACCAGGUGGUGGAAGUGGUCACCGCGCUGGUCUCCAUAUGCAGCCAGGGCCACGCCGCUGCCAACUUUGGCCAGUUCGAUGAGUACGGCUUCGUGCCCAACUACCCGCCUGUGCUGUACGGUCCCGUUCCGAGCAGCAAGGACGCCGUGCCCAGCGACAGAGACCUCCUCAACUAUCUGCCAGGCCGCUUCGCCACGCGCGAGAUCAUGGUCAUCACGAAGCUGCUUAGCUUCCGCGGCACCCGCGCGCUGGGCGACUUCGAGGUGCGCUACAUCUACGACCCGGUGGGCUCGGCCGCCGCCGACCGGCUGCGCGGCGAACUCCGCGAGCUGGCGCGCCAAAUCGACCGGCGCAACGCCACCGCCCAGUUCCCGUACAAGUGGCAGAGCCCCUCAGUGGUGCCUAACGCCAUCAGCGUGUAAAAGUGGCCGCCAGACGGCCCCCACCCCUGGGCCGUCGAGAGGCGCGGGCCGCCGCCACACACCGCUGUGAAUUGUGUCGUUCCGUCGCGAUUGCCACUGUUGGAUUAACCGGCUCGAGCGCGGGCGCGCGACAGACUCGUGCGCGCAGCACUGGGGCAAAGUGAGUGCGUGACUGCGUCUUGUUUACCACAGAGCGAAAUAAAGUUGCUAGCAUAAAAAAAUCAGCGUGUAAAAGCCGCGCAGCGAAGCAGGUGCCUAGCGCCCUGCACGCAAAAGGGCUCAUAGCUAGAAUGCUAUGCAGCACGGUGCCUUUCUAAAUGCCUUAAACUCUCGCUUGUUAGAGCAUCAAGUUGAACGCCAUUGACUGAGGGGAACGCUAUUUCGACUUUUAGUAUGACAAAUGAUACAUAUUUUGAAGAAAAAAAUCGCAGAUAAGUCCAUUCGAAAGCUCUUCGAAACUGUUUCGCAAAAGGGUUAGAUUUGACCCGAGAUCAACGGUUUGGUCUUCAGGGGCAAAACCGUCAAAACUAUCGUUUUUGUUGACAAUGUUGUAUUGCAAUGAUCUUUUUCCAUACUGCACUUGUGCGACACUGAUGUACCUAAUUGUAGUUGUCUAAUCUAGAUCAAGCUUCCUGUAGUGAAAAUACGCUAUUACCUAUAGGAAGAAGUGGCUAACCAAUUAUAUACCAAUAGAAAGAAAAUAUCUUGUAUCUUCUGCUUAUCUGAGGCCUUUUGGACCAAAAUACAUGCCUAGGUAGAUUGCAAUUUUAUCUAUUACUCCAAACUAAAAAAAAAAAACUACUCGAAAACCACCAUGAAAACGACUACAAUCGAGUAUGUAGAAAUGACUUUCUACAAUCAAUGUAGAAAGUCAAUCGAGCGAAAUUUUUAAGUUUACUUGGUAGGCAUGUACUAUGUAUGUAUGUUGUCGAUUCCACCCAACCAGGUAUUUUGGUGCAAGAGGCUUCUGCUAUGCGUAUGUAUUAUGUAUCGAUCGGACAAUACACAAUUAAAAUACUA